CCGAGGCAGAGCGCGUGGUCGGGCACCCUCCCAACCCGCGCCACCUGGCGCCGCCCCCGAGCCACCGGGAGUCGCCGUGCCUGAGCCACCGGGAGCCGCCUCUGCAACCCAACAAAUUCCGCCUAGCCUCCAGCCGCUGCAAGCAGAAAGUCUCGUGGUCAGGCGCCCAAAACGAAGACGACCAAAAAGAACACCUCAGCCUUCAGAGGAACUUCAGCUGGGGGCUGGAUUGCAGGCAAUGUCGCUGAAGGGGAAAAGGGGCCUUGGAGCCAUUUUUCAAGACCAGGUGGUGAAUACCCGACAGUACUUAGAUCACGUGAGAGACUCCACGACAGGCACGCAGGGUAGAGUGGUAAAGCUAUUCACCAACCAUUUCCGAGUGACCUCUCGCCCUGAACUCAUCACGUAUAAGUACAACAUUGAUUACAUGCCAGAGGUUGAAGAUGGAAAAGUUCGUACAGAAUUGCUUUGCCAGCAUAAACAGAUAAUUGGAGAAUGUCACAUAUUUGAUGGGAACUCGUUAUUACUACCUCAUAGACUACGAAAUCAGAAAACCGAACUGGUCAGCCGGUGGGACAGCCAGAUUGUGAAGAUCACCAUUGAAUUCUGCAGUGAACUCAGGCCCACCGCAGUGGACUGCUUACGUUACUACAACAUUCUCUUUAGAAAAAUUUUGAGGAUGAUGGAUUUGACGCAAGUUGGUCGCAACUAUUACAACGAGAAUGAGGCCACCGAGUUCUUCAAUCAUAACACCAAUCUGGAAAUCUGGCCUGGAUAUGUCACUUCUAUUCUUGAGUAUGAAACCAGCAUUACCCUCUGUGCUGAUGUGAACCAUAAACUGCUCCGAAUGCAAACUGCUUAUGAUCUAAUAACGCAUGUUGAUAGCAAAUCCCGAAGAAAAGAUGCUGCGGAAAUUACUAAAGAAUUAGUUGGACAAAUUGUUUUUACAAAGUAUAACAACAGAACCUAUCGAGUGGAUGCUAUUAAUUGGGAGGAGACUCCCAGAAGUACAUUUAAGAAAUCGGGUGGUGAGGAAAUCAGCUUUGUAGACUACUACAAGGAGCAAUAUGAUCUACUGGUCACUGACCUAACUCAGCCACUUUUGGUCAGCAAAGGCAAGUGGAAAAAGAGCCAACAGGACACGCCCCAUGAGCCUAUAAUGCUGGUUCCUCAGCUGUGCAACCUGACAGGUCUAACAGACAAAAUGCGUAAAAACUACAGAGUGAUGAGAGACUUGGCUAUGCACACAAGGUUGGAUCCAGAAAAACGGCACCAUGAAUUACAAAGAUUCAUGAAUAUUGUACAAAGACAUAGCACUGCACAAAGGGAACUUCAACUCUGGGAUUUGCGAUUUGAUCCCAACUUCUUGUCCUUUUCAGGAAGAAUUCUGAAAGAAUCUACCGCAACCGAUUCCUUGCUAGACAGCCUACGGACAGUCACACCUACCAUGGGCAUAUCUAUGAGAGAGGCACAAAAGAUUGAGGUAGCGGGUACAGUCGAAUCCUAUAUAAACAUCUUAGAAUCCCAAGUGAAUGGCAACACACAGAUGGUCCUUUGUGUGCUGUCCAGUGACAGGAAAGACCUGUAUGAUCGCAUAAAGAAAUACCUGUGUGUUGAGCGCCCCGUCCCAAGCCAGUGUGUGGUGGCACGGACCUUAGACAAAUCCCAGACACUGAUGACCAUUGCUACAAAGAUUGCCCAGCAGAUGAACUGCAAGAUGGGAGGAGCCCUCUGGAAGGUGGAAACAGGAUUACAGAACCCAAUGGUCAUCGGUAUCGACUGUUUCCAUGAUAUUGUAAAUCGGCGGAAGUCCAUCGCAGGCUUCGUGUCCAGCAUCGAUCCGGAAUUAACGCAGUGGUUCUCUCAGUGUGUCUUCCAAGAAGCGGGCCAGGAGCUUGUGAAUGGACUGAGAGCCUGCUUGAAAGCUGCCCUGAACCUCUGGAAUCAGAGUAAUCAGUUUCUGCCACAAUCCGUAAUUGUGUAUCGGGAUGGAGUGGGGGAUGGUCAGCUUCAAGCAUUGAUGGAACACGAAGUACCACAGAUUCAGUCCUCCUUAAAAUCUGUUUACGGCGAUGAGUCUAAGGUCCGGCUAACUGUUGUUGUGGUGAAGAAACGAAUAAACACCAGAUUUUUUGCUGAGUAUCGAGGAAGAUUUCAGAAUCCACCUCCAGGAACGGUUAUUGAUGUGGGGGUGACCAAGAGUCAAUGGUAUGACUUUUUUAUCGUGAGUCAGUCUGUGAAAGAUGGUACUGUCACUCCCACUCAUUACAAUGUCAUCCAUGACACUGUUCACUUCACCCCCGAUGGAAUACAGUGUCUCACUUACAGACUCUGCCACAUGUAUUAUAAUUUGUCAGGUGUCAUUCGAGUUCCUGCUCCUUGUCACUAUGCCCAUAAACUGGCUUACCUUGUGGGCCAGAGUAUCCAUGAGGCACCACACUACUCCCUGGCAAGACGUCUCUUUUACUUGUGACCCAACAGAAGAGAGCCUGACAACACGUUGAAAGCCACCAUUUGUGAAUGUUUCCCGUCCAAGCUGUACUUCUGAGCUACUUACCUAGAUGCACAGUUUUGAAUUACGCACAUUCUUGGUCAGACAUUGAGAUUCAGAGUGCUUUUGGCAGUACUACCACUGACUGAACAUGACCCUUCUAUUUUCCAGCCAGUAAAAUGGGCUGUGAGGGUUUGUCUUGCAAUUUACCUUUGAAAUUUGUUAUGCUGGCUUUAUGGUUGACCACGCCUGAACACUUGGCGUUCUGAGCAAGUGACUCCGUGCAGCGUAGCGGUUGGACGCUAGUCACAUGCACAGGUAGAUUCCACUUGGAAAAUGAU